AUCAAAAAUUAAUAAAAAGGCAUUUUGGGGCUUUUAAGUCGGUAUCUCGUAUCUCAGCCAAAAUUCAAGCUUUAGGACUAAAAAUUUGGAUUUAUGCCUAAAAAAAUGUUCUCUACAAGAUAGGCUAACUCCCAUCUCGAUCUGCGAUUAUCGAUUGAGCACCUAUAUUGGAAAAUCGGUUGUCCUUCUCGUGCAGUGGCUCCUAUAGACUUCUAUUAUAAAAGUUUGUUUCUAAUAAAUCAAAGAAAAAUAAUAUUAUUAAUACAUAAAGGAUUAAUAUUUCAUCGUCAUUGAACUAUAUUAUAGUAGAUAGAAUUAAGAAGUGUCAUUCGGUGAAAUUGAUGAAGAUAUUGAGUAAUAUUUGAGUUUUGUCAAUUCCAUCAAAAAGAAAGAUAUCCAUAGAUCACUUUUAUGAAUUUAUGAAGUAGUGGUUCCUUCUUGAUGUAACUCCAAUGUGAAUUUAUCUUAUAAGAGAUAAUAAUAAAUAGAAAACGAUUUAAAUACGUAGACUGUAGACGAGAGUUUCUGUCCGUUUCAUCAUGCACAAAAUGAAUGAAAAAGUUGUACUCGAAUUGAUUAAUUAUAUUUUUAGGAUAAAACAUGUGUCUCACCAUUUCUUCGUUGUACGAAUGUGAAUUGUUCAAGUCAACCAAUUGAUCACGUAUCUUAUUUACGAAAUCGUCUUACUUUAAUGAUUAAUAAAGCUAUUCGACGUUAUUAUCAAAAUUGGCUUCGCUGUGAUGAUGAUACAUGUUGUGCAUUUCGAACACGUCAAACACCAUUAGGAAUAUUACAUAAAAGACAUACAUGUACAUCAUGUGGUAAAAGUGAAUUAAUAACAGAAUAUGAUGAUCGUCAAUUAAAUUUACAACUUCGAUUUCUUAAACAACUUUUUAAUCUUGAUACUUAUAAAAAUUCAUUAAAUCGAACUAAAUUAGAACAAAUUGAUACUUAUUUAAAAAGUUUAUCUGUUGAUUUAACUCGUCCACUUUAUAAAACAAUGAAUGAAUUACAAGUACAUAUUGAUCGUAUUGUACAAAAAAGUGGUUAUGCUGAAGUAUGCAUUAGUAGUCUAUUUGCUCAAUUUUACUUUAAUACUUGA